CGGGGGCGGGGAGGAGCCGAGGGGGUUCAGACCGAGCUCGGCCGCUGGGUGGGUCGGGGCGUUCGGCGCGCCCUUCAUUGAAGCGGCGGUGGCCGGGCUGGGCGCCGGGAGUGGGAAGCGGCGGCGCGGCUGGAAAAUGCCAGUCCAUUCCCGAGGGGAUAAGAAGGAGACGAACCAUCACGAUGAGAUGGAGGUGGACUACGCCGAAAACGAGGGGAGCAGCUCGGAGGACGAGGACACGGAGAGCUCGUCGGUCUCCGAGGAUGGAGAUAGCUCAGAAAUGGAUGAUGAGGACUGCGAAAGAAGAAGAAUGGAAUGUUUAGAUGAAAUGUCCAAUCUUGAAAAACAGUUCACCGAUCUCAAGGAUCAACUUUAUAAAGAACGCUUAAGUCAGGUGGAUGCAAAACUACAAGAAGUCAUAGCUGGAAAAGCACCAGAAUAUUUGGAACCACUGGCAACUUUACAAGAAAAUAUGCAAAUUCGUACAAAGGUAGCAGGAAUCUAUAGAGAACUCUGCUUAGAAUCUGUAAAGAACAAAUAUGAAUGUGAAAUUCAAGCUUCUCGCCAGCAUUGUGAGAGUGAAAAGCUUUUGUUAUAUGAUACCGUCCAGAGUGAGCUGGAGGAGAAGAUAAGGAGGCUCGAAGAGGACAGGCACAGCAUUGACAUCACCUCAGAGCUGUGGAAUGAUGAGCUCCAGUCAAGAAAAAAGAGGAAGGAUCCUUUCAGUCCUGAUAAGAAGAAGCCAGUUGUGGUUUCAGGUCCAUAUAUAGUUUAUAUGCUGCAAGAUCUUGAUAUUCUUGAAGACUGGACAACAAUUAGGAAGGCAAUGGCUACAUUGGGUCCACACAGAGUGAAAACAGAACCACCUGUGAAACUGGAAAAACAUCUGCACAGUGCUAGAUCUGAAGAGGGAAGAUUGUAUUAUGAUGGUGAAUGGUAUAUACGUGGACAAACUAUAUGUAUUGAUAAAAAAGAUGAAUGUCCUACAAGUGCCGUAAUUACAACAAUUAACCAUGAUGAAGUUUGGUUUAAGAGGCCUGAUGGAAGCAAAUCUAAGCUUUACAUUUCACAGCUACAGAAAGGAAAAUAUUCAAUUAAACAUUCAUAAUCAUGAUUAAAGUGUUAUCUAAAGCUACCUUAUUAGUGUUACCAAAUGUGAUGUGCCAUGGGAGUAAAAAAUGUAUUCAGUAACUUAAUAUUCUCAUUGAAUCAUGAGAGACUGUGUAUUUGUAGGUAGUACUCUAAGUAGACCUCAUGUUGAUAUGUUAUUAAGAGACAGUAAUAAAAGUUUAAUCAUGAUCAUUACAUUUAUUUGCCUUUUAGGUCCAAUGACCAAUAGGUAUAUAUGGUAGGGGUUUCUUACUGAACUUUUUUCUUUGUUUUUUAAAAACAUUAUGCAAAUCUGUCUUGUCUUUAGUGAACUAUGUUGCUAAAUGGCUGCAUUUAUCUGCCAUUUUUUGAUUUUCCAUGUCUUUGUCUUUCAUCGUGUGUUUGUAAAUAAGCCUGAUAAAAUGUUUCCUAUAAAUGGUUUGUACUAGUACAUUAGUGUUAAAUCAGAACUGAAAUUUAAACAUAUAUACAUGAGUAUGUAUAUUUGGCAUCAUCAGCUUACUUAGAACUGAUGGCCUUACUCUACAAUCUUGUUUUACCCCAAUUUAGCUCUUGGGUUUGAAAGCUAAAAGGAGCACUUUGGUAGACUAGCAGCUCUCCUCUCCUCUUCCUUGACUUGACGGUGGUGACCGAUUUUUACAAAUUACACUGAAUGUUAAUUAGUAACAUUAGUGUCAAGUAAUAACAUGCUUCUGCCUGUAUUUCUCGUGACCCGUUAGAGGGCAAGUUUCUGCGCCUGGUGUUCACGAUGCGGUAACUGACAGUGGAUGGUAACUGACAGUAUUGUGGUGCUUGCUGUACAUGUCUGAUCUUUUGAAACAGAGUUUAGUAAGCAUUUUCCAGAGGUAAAAUUAGGUUCCUAUCCUAAUUUUAUUCCUAGGGCAAGAUAGACUGGGAUAAUUUCCUUGAAUCUUUUCCCAAAUUAGCAUUUUUAUCUUUGGUCUUUCCACACUUUAAGGCCACUUGGUGCAAUUGAGGAAGCAUUGGCCCCUCUUCCCUUAGCCACAUGCAAAAUUAGCUUCUAAAACCUCAGGAACAGUACAAAGAAUCGAAACCCUCACUACAGCAGCGCAGUUGGCUGGAGUAUAUCUUAAGGGACAACCAAAUCAAGUAUUCCUGGUGGUCUUGUGCACUUUAAUUUCUGUUCUAACGAGACUUAAGAGGAUGAGGAAGAGAUCUACUUAUUAACACUUAGGGCAGGAAUAUCUGCAUUAUUCCGUUUAUUUUCUUACUCUUUUACCUCUGCAAACAUCUUCCUGUGCAGAUCACUACUUCACAGUUGCCAAAUGUUAAAAUAUUUGACUUCUGAAAUUCGUUAUCAGCAAAGUUAUGUACGUUCUGUUUCUAAUGAACAUUAGCAAAUGUACAUAAUGUCACAAUCCAAUAGUAUUUGACAGUACUUAUGUAUACAAUGUUUCAUAAGCAUUUUUAAUAAGAUUUGUAUUUUUAACUUUAGUAUAUAAUAAAAAGAUGUGUUUGAGUGUCA